UUCACAGCAUUAUUUGUGCUCCCCAAACCCAAAGUGAUCUCCUGUCUAGAGCAAGGGGAAGAGCCAUGGGUUCAAGGGCCCUUGGAAUUCAAGAACAGUUCUGGGGAGUUGCCUUCAGGGUUAAAGGUCAAAUCUGACACUGAAAACCAUCAGCCUGUGUGUCUUUCUGACUUAGAAAUACAAGUGCCAGGAGACAUAGUAUCAAAAAAGACCCGGGUGAAAGUUCCCCAGAAAACAACAGGCAAAGAAAAUCAUGGUGAUGCACAUAGGAUGGGGAAGUGGCAUCAAGAGUUUCCAGUUAAUCAAACAAAGGAGCUUUCAAUCUGGGAAGAAGAGCUGCAGAGACUCAUGGAUCUUCACAAGAAAGCUCGUGCAGUAGAGAAGCCUUUUACAUGCCAGGAGUGUAGGAAAAACUUCAGACUUACCUCUGAUCUUACUAAACACAAAAAAAUUCACACCGAAGUGAAGCCGUAUAAAUGUCAACAUUGUGGUAAGAGCUUUAGAGGGAAAUCAGAUCUUAAUAAACACAUAACAAUACACCAAGGAAUAAAACCAUAUAAAUGCUCUUGGUGUGGGAAAAGCUUCAGUCAAAAUUCAAAUCUCCGUACACACCAAAGAACUCAUACUGGAGAGAAACCUUUUAUGUGUUAUGUAUGUGGAAAGAAAUUCAGUCAGAAUUCCCACCUUAGUAAACACCGGAGAACCCACAUGUAGCAUAAGCAUGAGAAAGUUUAGCAGGAAUUCCAGCCUUCUUGCGUACCAGAAAUACUAACACUGAACAGAAGGAAGCCUAUCCAGCGUCCUUAGUCUGAAGAAAUUCACCAAGUAGAGCUUAGCCCUGAGGUUUAUGAAAAAUAUAAAAUUAUAAAGCAUGAAUAAUUCAUCAUCGGAAAAUUUGGUGAUAAAAACAUGUUUCUCAGAAACAAAUCAAGGUAGACUCUACAGGGGACAUGUUAGUUGUACUAAUUACAUUUUUACUAAUAAAUCAGGGAAUUCCUAACAAGAAAGGUGUACAGGGGACAUUCUGAGUACAGAAUGUACUAUUUCAUGAUUGUUCCUGGCAAUUAGCAAAUUCAGCUUCAAAUAGCAAAUAUACCCAUGAAUUAAUCAGUCUUCUGUGAUCAUCGUGUUGUUGGUUUUACAUUGCUCUCCCAGCCACUUUAAACACAUGAUGGAAACAUUUGUAGCACGGGCUUCCAAAACAAGAAAGAAAAACCUGCAUGUUUAAUUGGAUACCAUUGCCUUCAUGUUAUUAAGCUUACCAAUUUCGAGAGUCCUAUGGGGCAAAAAAGUUCUAUUAUCAAGUUUUCCAAGAACCAAAUUGGAUUUUCUUCCUCUCCUUUGUCAUUGGACACUGUUCCCCACAUUGGAUAUCAUUUGAGUUCCUUCUUGAACAUUUUAGUUCUUGAACCAUUUUAGGACCAUUUUUAUUAUGAUGAAAUGCUAUUUACGUCACCACUAGGGAAUCUUCUAGAAGAAGUAAUAGUGCACUGACUUACACCUCUGACUGGUGGUGUUUGAUAGAGGAAAAUGCCAAGAUCAUAUGGAAACGGGUUGGAAUUUUUAGCCAUGGAUUAUAUAUUAUAUGUAAAGAAGA